UGUGUGCGUAUAAUGUCGGUAGAUGUGUGCUUAAUUAGUCUCGCAAUAAACGUAUUGAGAACCAGACGUGUCGUUUUACUGCAUAUACUACAACUGGCUGACGAGGAUUCGUAACGCGUGCAAUUAUGUCGGUGGGAAAAAUUGAAACUUUUUGUGUGUCGUCAGGGAACUGGACAUCGUAUAUGGAACGUCUGGAGAUGUAUUUCAAAGUAAAUAAAAUCGCGGCGGAUAUGCAAUUACCAACAUUAAUUGCGGUUAUGGGUGAAGAGGCCUACGAUUUGCUAAGUAAUUUAUCAAGCCCCAAGAAGCCGUCGGAGUUGACUUUGGACGUCGUAACGAAACUGAUGAGCGAACACUUGGAGCCAAAACCCUCAUUCAUGGCUGAGAGGCAUAAAUUUCGGCAUAGAAGACAAAGAGAAGGCGAAAGUAUAGCACAGUACGUCACGGAACUAAAAAAAUUGGCUAAGUUUUGUGAAUUCGGUACAACAUUGGAAGAUAAUUUACGAGAUCAGUUUACGUGUUGUCUUAAUAGUGAGUUAAUAAAACAAAGGCUUUUUGCCGAGUCGCAGUUAACAUAUGCAAAAGCGGUCAGUUUGGCAUUAUCGUUGGAAUCGGCGGAGAGAGAUGCAGCGAUGGUGGUACGUACGGGUGCGAGCGAGACGGACGCCGGUUUAGGCGGGGGGGUAGCCAACGCUGCAGCGGGAUCGGUGCAUUCCGUCAGAACGGUGCCAUUUCGGCCGCGUGGCGGAAAAAAAUUUCCGGGUGCAGGAACAAAAGAAAAUUUUACCAGGAUGACGUGUAAGACGUGCGGUAAAGAUAACCAUACCAAUCAGGAAUGCCGAUACAAGAAUUUUGCAUGCAGUAAAUGUGGGCGCAUCGGGCAUCUAAGGCGGGUGUGCCCAGAAAAGGGCGCGCGGCCGCCCACCUCCAGCUGGAGCGGCCAGCAACGAGGGGUGCACCAUGUGGAAGCGGCCCUGGACUCACACGACACCACACACGACGAAAACGAGUUUGAGGUCGAUGAAGAGCUAAACCAUUUGAGUUUAAACGGUUACAAACCGGUAUAAGGAUCUAUUUAAUGGCGGUUUGGGGCGGUUCACGGGCGGAAAAGCGACAUUGCGAGUGCGGGACGGAGCGGAGCCUGUAUUUUGUCGCGCGCGACCUUUGCCUUACGCCCUCAAGGAGAGGGUGGACGCGGAACUCGACCAGAUGCUCCGGGACAAGGUCAUCGAGCCGGUGGACACCUCGGAGUGGGCUACGCCCUUGGUACCGGUACGUAAAGCUGACGGGGGUUUGAGGUUAUGCGCGGAUUAUAAAGUGACGUUGAACCCGGCCUUACUGGUUGAUAGAUUUCCCUUGCCGAAAAUAGACGACCUUUUAGUGAAUUUAAAUGGAGCUCAAGUUUUCUCAAAGAUGGAUCUGUCGCAGGCAUAUAAUCAGAUAGAAUUAGACGACUCGAAAAAAUUUACAGUUAUUAAUACACAUCGGGGAUUAUUCCGCUAUAACCGGUUAGUGUAUGGCCUUUCCUCGAGCCCGGGAAUUUUUCAACGUAUUAUGUCCACUUUAUUAGGCGAUAUACCACAAGUCGAAGUAUUUUUAGAUGAUAUAAUAAUAGGGACGGUAGAUGAAAAAACACACAUAUUGGUAUUAGAAAAGGUUUUACAAAGGUUGCAUAACCAAGGAAUAAAAUUAAAGAAAAACAAAUGUUACUUCUUUGUUCCCGAAGUACGAUAUUUAGGGUACAUCAUAUCUAAAGAAGGCAUCAAAGUGGAUUCAAGUAAAAUAGAAGCGAUCAUUGAUAUACCACGACCACAGUCAGUUACAGAAUUGAGAUCAUUUUUGGGGUUAGUUAACUUUUAUGCAAAAUUUGUAAGAAAUUUAAGUAAUAUUCUGUAUCCGUUGUAUGAUUUAUUGCGCAAAGGCGUGGAGUGGACAUGGAGUAAGGAUUGUGAAAAUGCGUUUAAACGAAUUAAAUGCAUUUUAACUAGUACCGAGGUUUUGAUGCAUUAUGAUCAAAACAAACCGUUACUAUUGACCUGUGACGCAAGCGCAAGAGGUAUAGGCGGCGUUCUGAGUCAGCCCGUAGGGAGCGGCUCGCGGGAGGGGGACGAACGGCCGGUGGCUUACGUAUCUCGCACGCUUAAUGACGCGGAAAGGAAUUACUCACAAAUUGAUAAAGAAGCGCUGGCUAUUAUAUUUUGUUUAGAGAAAUUUCACCAGUUUAUAUACGGUAGGCGGUUCAUCUUAAGAACGGAUCACAAACCACUCGUGACAAUAUUUGGACCUAAACAAGGUAUUCCAUCAAUGGCCGCGAGUAGAUUGCAGCGAUGGGCAGUUAAGCUGUCAGCAUAUACUUACGAUAUAGAAUACGUUCGUAGUAAAGAUAACGGAGCAGACGGGUUAUCACGGCUGCCAGUGCAAGUAAACGGAACUGCGGCGGCGGCGGCGGCCGGCCGCGGCCGGUCAGCUGAUCGACACGUAUUACCCGAGCAGACAUUUUUGCAUUUUGCGCAGAAUGAAUUGUUAUUAAACCAUAACGAUAUUAAGUCGUGUACACAGCGGGAUCCAAUUUUAAGUCGUAUUUUGAAUUAUAUUAGGCACGAUUGGCCAUCAACAAUUGAAAUAAAGAAUUUGCAACCGUAUGUUAAUAGAAGAAACGAACUUUACGAAGAAUUAGGCUGUGUCAUGUGGGGCCACCGUAUAGUGAUACCGGAAAGUUGUAGGGCAACAGUGCUAAAAGAACUGCACGAAGGACAUAUGGGCAUAGUGAAGACUAAGGCUUUUGCUAGAAGUUAUGUGUGGUGGCCGGGUAUUGACGAGGCGGUAGAAGCCGUGUGUCGCGGUUGCACAGCAUGCGCGGCGGAGGCGGACGCGCCGGCACGCCACUCGCCCAGCCCGUGGCCGUGGCCCAAGCGCCCCUGGGCCAGGGUCCAUCUUGACUUUUUAGGUCCUCUGAACGGUAAAUUGUACUUAAUAAUGAUAGACGCCCGGACAAAGUGGAUAGAAGUAUUCCCGGUUAAUAGUACUUCAGCGGUUAGUACGAUUGAUAAGUUGAGUGAAGUUAGUGCGCGAUGGGGUUUGCCAAGACAAAUAGUUUCGGAUAAUGGGCCACCGUUUACAAGUAAGGAAUUUACGUCCUUCUUAACCAGGCAAGGAAUAGAGCAUUUAUUUUCUGCCCCUUAUCACCCAGCCUCAAAUGGAGCUGCAGAAAACGCGGUACGCACUGUUAAAAAGGUAAUUAGAAAAGCUAUACGUCUUAAUGAGAACAUUAAUUUAUCCAUAGAUACGUUCUUACUGCAUUACCGAAACACGCCCCAUUGUACUACAGGGGAGAGUCCAGCGUCGCUAAUGUUAGGUCGGCAGUUAAGGACUAAAUUGGAUGUAAUGCGACCGGACUGUGAAGAUAGGGUGAGGAAGGUUCAACAGAAACAGUCAGGGAACCAUGGCAUUCAGCGAGAAUUGCACCUGGGAGAUGAUGUUUGGCUACGCCAAUACCAGGGCGAAUCUCGUUGGCUGCCGGGGCGAGUUACACAGCGGACUAGCACAACUGAUUAUCGAGUGACAGAUCAAUUAGGUAGAGAGUCCCAUAAACACAUAGAUCAGUUAAGGCGGCGUUCAAGUACGUUAGUUUACCCAUCAAAACCCCCAGCUUUGCAAUUACCAAGGGUGGAUGAUGUUCCGAUGGUGGGAGCCACGUCUCCGAAGACACCGUUGCGUGAAGCUAUAUCACCUAACGGUAGGAUUAAUUCACCCGCUGCUGCAGAACACUAUGGCACUCCGGUGCAGACACCUAAUACUCCAACGAGUCCAAGUAGUCCCAGAUCGCCCACUCCAAUCGUCGAACCGUCCCAACCAAGGCCUAUUAGAAAUUGUAGACUGAUUAAGCCACCUAGGUAUAAGUUUUAGAGUUAAGAAACAGCCUUGUGACACUACUUAUUCCAAAUAAAAUACAAAUAAAUAAUAACAGUGAUACAAAUGUUUAUUGUACGUGUUAAUAUUGGUGUACUUACAUUCAGAUAUGAGUUGCCUUGGUAAUAUUACUUAAAGAUAUUAGUAUUGCUUACUUAUUAUGUAUUUUUUGCAUUUAUGUAGAGGAAGAGGUAGGGUAACUUGGUGAUUAAUCGAACUUGUCGCUGAAGAUUGUUUACUUAGAAAUAAGAUGCUUACUGAUGUACAUACUUUUUAUUUUAAGAAGAGAGUAUUGUGAUAUAUGUGUGCGUAUAAUGUCGGUAGAUGUGUGCUUAAUUAGUCUCGCAAUAAACGUAUUGAGAACCAGA